GAGAGAGAGAUAAUGUCAGGUAGGAAGCACAACGCGGAUUGCUCGAAAAGAAGCCUGGUAUCAUCCGAAACGGAAAUGUUCGGUGAAUUUCAGGAUUGGUGUCUCCGCACUUACGGAGAUUCAGCCAAGACAAAGACUGUGACCCGGCGCAAAUACGACAAGAUCCUUCACGCGCUCUCUCUGGGCGAGGACUCGGACGCCUACACGGAUGGCAGCCACAUCAACGCCAAAUUUAAGUUCUGGGUUAAAUCGAAAGGCUUCCAAGUGGAAAAGGGCGACAACCAGAGAGACAGGAAUGGAAAAUCCGACAGACCAGUGCUUUACGUCCCUAUAAAGGCAACGUGUGGAGACACUGCUCCCGGACAGGAGAUCUCGUCUCUGAAAAGAGUCGCGGUGGUGGAGGAUUUCUACGAUAUCAUCUACGCCAUGCAUGUGGAUAUCAGCUCUGACCCAGCCAAAGUGCCCAAACAUGCCGGCCAGAAGAAAACAUAUAAAGCGAUAGCAGAGACGUACGCAUUUCUGCCUAGAGAAGCAGUGACCCGAUUCCUGAUGGGCUGUGGAGAGUGUCAGAAGAGGAUGCACAUCAGCCCGAGCGGAGCCGAAUGCAAGGAAAAUGACCGACCUGCAUCUCUGGCCCCUGACCUCAUCGACUACAACAUGCCUUUGACCACCACCUACCUGAAACAGAUGAAACUGCAGUGCAUUAACAACAACGAACAGGAUGAGAGUUCAGUGAGCAGUGAGGAGUUUGAUAUGAGCGACCCCACAUGGAUUUCAACUGAGCACCACAGCGCACACUCAGACCUGAACCCAGCCACGAACAUAGAGAGAAUGCUCAGUCCCCAAAACACACACAAAGAAGACGAUGAUGACUCGUCCUCAGAAAGUGGGUGUGGCAACGGCAUCCACAGCAUGACUCCUCCGUCUAUGGGCGUGGUUUCUGCGAGCGACGUUGCAGCGGCUGGACCAGUGACCGGGUCGUACAUUCAGGUGAACGGAAAUAGGACUGCCGUGCCACUGGACUUCAGCACCACUUCAUCCUCGUCGUCGGAAGAGCAGCAACCGGUGAACCUGAGAGAGCGAAUGAGUCGGGCCCUGCCUACUGCUGCGGCCAUGCUAGCCACGUUCAACCCAGAGCACUCAGAGGAGUUCCGCCGAAAAUAUCACAAACCACCACUGGCCUCAGAGCUGCGCCUUGACCGAGACAUCAGGGAUUACGCCAACAAGUCUCCGCAAUAUGGUUCAGGAAGCUACGACUCCAUAAAAAUGGAGAUGUGUGCCGAGGACCUGACGGUCAGUCGCUCUCAGGGUGCCGAUGAAGACGAUGACGAUCACGAUGACCACGACGACAGUGACAAGAUUAAUGACACAGAGGGAGUGGACCCAGAGAGGCUGAAGGCAUUCAAUAUGUUUGUGCGUCUGUUUGUCGAUGAGAACCUGGACCGCAUGGUGCCCAUCUCCAAGCAGCCAAAAGAGAAGAUACAGGCCAUUAUCGAAUCCUGCAGCCGCCAGUUCCCAGAGUUCCAGGAGCGUGCACGCAAGCGUAUCCGCACCUACCUCAAAUCCUGCCGCCGCAUGAAGAAGAACGGCAUGGAGACCCGGCCCACGCCACCACACUUGACCUCAGCAAUGGCAGAGAACAUUUUAGCUGCUGCCUGUGAGAGCGAAACAAGAAACGCUGCCAAGAGGAUGAGGAUGGACGUCUACCAAACACAUGAGGAUCAGAUAGCUCUGGAGAAGGCUGUCUCUCGUGAGCCGGUGCCUCUGACCCACUCUGCGUAUACUCUGGCAGCUUCUGCUUACUCCCAGGACCAGCUUUAUAUCAACGGAGGCCUUGGUUACAGCUACCGUGCUUUCACUGGCUUGGCGAGCAGCAUGCAGCACCCGGUCUCUCUUACUACCCCUGCUGCCCAGACCAACGGACCCACCGACCUGAGUAUGAAGUCUCUGGCUUCAAACUCCUCUACGUCAAGCACCAAUAGUCUUGGGCGAAGCGGAGGAGGAGGAGGAGGAGGGACCUCUGCUCAGCUCAGUCAUACAGAAGUGACAGCAGUGCGUCAGCUGAUCGCCGGGUACCGCGAAUCAGCAGCCUUCUUACUCCGCUCAGCCGACGAGCUGGAAAACCUCAUACUACAACAGAACUGACCUGUACACUCUCCCGCUCUUCUCAUCUCCACUCUCUAUCUCUCUCAGCCUGCCUUUAUCUUUAACUCUCGCUCCAUCACCUCAGGUCUCUAUUUGCUAGUAUCGCUCUCUACACGUCAUCGUCUUCAUCCUCACAGGCAUACGCAUGUGAAGCUAUCAGGAGAGAUGACGAUGUAUCGAUCAGUACGCCGUCACAUUCAGAUCGCCGGCAAAGAGAAACAAAGAAAGGGGGCUGACGAAGACAGGAGUAUGCUGCAGCGCUUUGUCGAAAAGAAGAACAUACUGUUCCUGUGGGUGGCUAGCCUUGUGAAUCAUACACCUCUCCACCUCCAUGCCCUUAAGCCCAUUUUCUAAAACAGCUCCUUUAAUUGUUUUUUUUUUUUCUUUCUUUUUUUACCCCUUAAUUUCCAGGGCCAUUCAUUUGCUGAUUGUUCUUCUCUUCCUUUUUUCCCCCCCGUCAAAAUCUACUUUUCACCAGGAGGCAUUACGUAGUGCCUGUACUCCUGAUUCUUAAUAAAUGAAGACGCUUUUGAGUUGAACUGAAGGAAGAUAACCUGAAAAAAGUGGAAGUUUGACAAAAAAAAUGAAUAACAGAACGAAAAAGAAACAAACAAGACCUUUACAUUCGCUGUACAUAAACGCUCUCUGUUCUAAAGCACUUUUUUUUUUCACUCGAUCUGACCUCUCCUCCCCAACAAUGCUUUUGCUAUAGGGAGAAAAUUGUGUAAGUUAUGCAUACAAAAUACAGGUGGAGCUCACCUGGAAAUACCUCAGCCUGUCCAAAUCCUCUGUGUCCCAGUUCGUUUUCUGUCUAAAGGGAGAGGGAUCCCUCCUUCUACUACUAGUACCUUACGUGUCCAGUGCCUCUCCAGGAUCUAAAAGAAGGCAUGCGUAUGGG